AUGCUAUCCGGCAUUUUAAUAUUCAAUCAAAAGGGUGAAAAUCUGAUCUUUCGCGCCUUUCGAAGUGACUGCAGACCUCGGUUGGCCGAUAUUUUCCGCAUACAGGUGAUAUCCAAUGCUCAAGUAAGAUCACCAAUUUUAACUCUGGGAUCUACAACCUUCAGUCAUGUAAAGCACGAAAAUAUAUAUCUCGUGGCUGUUACAAAGAGCAAUGUCAAUGCAGCGCUGGUAUUCGAAUUUUUGUACAGGUUAACUGCGUUGGGGAAAGGUUAUUUUGGGAAGUUUGAUGAAGAAGCCGUUAAGAAUAACUUUGUUCUGGUUUAUGAGCUUCUAGACGAAAUUUUGGACUUUGGAUAUCCUCAGAAUACAGAGACAGAUACCCUCAAGAUGUAUAUCACUACGGAAGGUGUCAAAACGGAAAGAACUAUGGAAGACUCUGCGAAAAUAACCAUGCAAGCAACCGGUGCGCUUUCAUGGAGGAAAGCUGACGUUAAGUACCGAAAAAACGAAGCCUUUGUGGAUGUAAUUGAAGAUGUCAACCUUCUUAUGUCGGCAACUGGGACAGUCCUCCGUGCAGAUGUUAGUGGUCAAAUAAUGAUGCGCGCAUAUCUCUCAGGCACGCCUGAAUGCAAAUUUGGUCUUAAUGAUCGGCUUCUACUAGACGGUGAUAACUUGUCAUCUCUACCCUCCGGGAAUCGUAUGGGAACGAAAGCUACCAAGGCAGCUGCCGGAAGUGUAACUCUUGAAGAUUGUCAAUUUCACCAAUGUGUUAAACUAGGAAAAUUUGAUACCGAUAGAAUCAUCUCGUUUAUUCCACCUGAUGGGGAAUUUGAGCUCAUGCGCUAUCGCGCAACUGAGAAUGUUAAUCUUCCGUUCAAAGUCCAAGCUAUAGUUAAUGAAAUUGGUAAGACAAAAGUCGAGUAUAGCAUCGCUAUCCGCGCCAACUAUGGAGCCAAGCUCUUUGCCACCAAUGUCGUCGUUCGGAUCCCAACACCCCUCAACACGGCCCGGAUCACAGAACGUUGUACCCAAGGAAAAGCAAAAUACGAACCUAGCGAGAAUAAUAUAGUGUGGAAAAUACCUAGAUUUACAGGGCAAAACGAAUUCGUACUAAGCGCAGAAGCAACACUCACGAGUAUGACGAAUCAAAAGACAUGGUCCAGGCCACCCUUAAACCUCAACUUUAGCUUGUUGAUGUUCACAAGCUCUGGACUGCUCGUACGCUAUCUGAAAGUUUUCGAGAAGAGCAAUUACAGUAGUGUGAAAUGGGUGCGCUAUAUGACUCGAGCAGGCAGUUAUGAAAUCAGGUAA